AUGGACAGAGAAUUAAGCGAGGAUGAUGUUAAUAAAUAUAAAGCGUAUUACCAUGAUAUUAACAAGGAUUUACGUGAUUUUAAUGUUAACCGUCCUGUGUUUUAUGGGAAAUUUUUAAGGAAUUUAAUGGAAUUAAAAAAUUCUGGUAAUGAAGGUGCUAUUAGGAAUAAAUGUAGAAAAUUAAAUAACUGGUUAUAUGUUAUAAGAAAAAAACGAGGCUAUACUUUUGACGAAAUGAGAAGUGUGUUAAAUUUAACGAAAUAUUUUGAUAAAGAUAUUUAUAAGACAUAUAAAUGUGGUUUUGAGUGGUUAUUGCACGAAAAAGAAUUUGAGAAUAUAAUCAAAUUAUACAAUUUUAAUGAACAUAUUCAUAAUAUUAAAGAAAAAAUUAGCAACAUAACUGAAGAGAAAUAUGCUGCUUUUUGCCAGUACGUACAUGGGUGUAUUGCAACAUAUAAUAAAUUUAAUAAGAGUUAUUGUAAUAAUAAAGAUAAUAAAGAAAAUAGUACUCUGUGUAAAGAAUUAGAACUGUUUGAACAAAAUUAUGAUGAGCAUGUGGUAAAAUUGGGUGCAAUAAUAGGAAGAUUUCCUCGUUUGAAAGAAACCGAAAAAAGUCACAAAAUUAAAUGUACACCACCGAAUCAAAGGGCUAAUCGUGGAACUAAAUAUGCAAGGUUUAAUGCUGUUGGAGAUACAUCUCAGAGUGCAUCUGAUCAGAAUAAUAUUGGCCGUUUGGGUUCAGGUAACAGUGGAGCUAAAACAAAAGUAAGAGUUCUUGAAAAAAUGAAUAGAAAUGUAUCUCUUCAUUUUAUGUAA